AUGGAUAAAAAGGUAAUCAAUAAAAGUUUAGCUCCUGUUUCCAUGUAAUAAAGCAAGACUAACUUAUCAAGUUCUCAGCAUCUGUUUCUCAAUAACAGAGUUGAGCCUAUUUCAGAAGAGAAUGCUGAGUCUUGUGAUUCAUUAGAAAAUUACAACUAUCCAAGCGGUCUUGGAUCUGGAACUGGAGACACUAAUGCAAAUACAAGCACUGUAGAUUCUAGUUAGAAGAUCAAGAAGAAGGCUUGGUUUAAGAAAUUUAGACUUCCUCUGUUUGGAGCAAGCAAGAAGAACUAAGAGAAACAAUAAGAGCACAAUAGCAAUAACCUAUUUAAUACUACAUAGACUUUGACUUAAAGUUCUAGUGAGGUGUUCAAAAAGAAGUUAGAUAACUUGAAUUAAUAAAAUUUGAAGUUAGGCUAAAAAUAAACUAAUAAAAUGAUCAAAAGCUCCAAAAAUGACAGUAAAAGUUAGCCGCAAAGUUCUAUGACUACUUAAAAUGCAAAUCAAAGUGAUAGUGAUCCUGAAGAAGACCGAAAGAGGUUUUAAUAAUUAAUCGCUGAUGAUAAUAAAUACUAUGCUAAUAGUAACCUCCUAAGAUCUAAUUCUCCUUCAUCAGGUUUUAAAAUUGGCCAUAAGAAUACUGUCAUAGAAGAAUCAAAAGGCUUUGAUGACAGAGCUUUUAGAAGAGACUUAAAAUAAAAGGCAAGUCAGCACAAAAGCUACUCAAGCAGAAGCAAGUAGAUGAAUAAAAUGCUAGAGGGAUCAUUUAUAGGCCAAAUAAAUACUACUAAUAUAAGUCCUAAUGACAGGUAAAUGGGUGCAUUGAUGACGAAUGACUAUGAAAACUCAUUAAUAGAAGAAAUCCUUGAAAAGAGGUAUAAUAUACUUUCAGCUCAUGAUAGGAUUUAACUUAUAGACAAAGUUAUUGAGGGAAUUCCGUCAUAUUUAAGAGGAAAAUUUUGGCUUGUAAGUACAGGAGCAUAAUAUAUGAAUGAUGAUCCAAAUUAUGUGAAAUACUAUUAAUCUCUGAUUGAUGAUUUUCCUGCUUAUCCCAAUCCAGCUUUUUAUUAAAUUGAGCUUGACUUAAAAAGAACUUUUCCAGAAGAAGCCUACUAUAGAAAACCUAAGAAUCUUGAGAAAAUAAGGAGAAUAUUAGUUGCUUAUGUCAAGCGUAAUCCCUUUGUGGGCUACUGCUAAGGAAUGAACUUCAUUGUGGCUAGACUAAUUAAACAUUUGAAAGAGGAAUAAGCUUUUUGGGUUUUUAUUAAUAUGAUAGAAGCAAUGAUUUUACCUUUGGACUAUUACACAUAAACUAUCGGUGUACAAACAGAUGUUAUAAUAUUUAAGGACAUGAUUAAAUCCUCUCUACCUGUAAUCCAUGCUAAAUUUCAAGAAUUAGGAAUAGACUCUAUGUUUUUCUCGUUAAAUUGGUUCAUUUGCCUUUAUACUGAUAAAUUAAAUGAAAUUGUAUCAUGUGCAAUACUAGACAUGCUAUUUUUGAUUGGAAGUCACAUAUUGCUCAAUAUUGGAAUAGCCAUACUUUACAUACUGAAGGAAGAGAUACUCAAAUGUACAAACGUUUAAUAGUUCUACACACUGUUAUAUGAUCAUUAGAAUUACAUUAAAGAUCCCUAGAGAUUAUUAAUACUAGCCUGUUUCGAUUAAAAAGAUCUUAAAAUUAUGAAGCCAAGUGAUGUUUAUGAGCAAAGACUGAAACUUUCACAAGAAGCAUUUAAUAAUUCUCAAGAAAAGAGGAAUUUGAUGUCUAAUACAUCGCUUACUUCUCUCAUUCAAAAAUAAAAGCCUAGUUCAGUCUAAAUGUAUCAAAUGAAAUAAAAGUUCUACAAUCAGUUUCAAUUGUUUGCAGGAUUAUCUAAACUAAAAAAUUGUCCAUUUUAUUGCUCGAAAGAUGAGUUGUUUAGGAAUCUUGACAUGAGUAAAAUAGAAUAGUCUGGAGUAUAAAGUGCAUUUCUUAGUAAUGCUUUCGAGAACAAUGCGAUUUCAGAAUAUAAAUGUGAUAUGGAAUGGCCUAUUUGUCUCUAUGAUUUCACAUUUAAAGUUAUCUAUCCUUAGUUUUUCUGUUAUAAAGUUGACAGAAAUCACGUCAUAGAGUGGAACUAUUUUGAUUUUGAUAAUCUUCCUAGGAGUAAUGACUACUUUAACCAUAGGGCUACUACUUCCUAUCGAAACAAUAUUAGUAUUUCUGACUAAUUUGCUUUCAAUAAUCAAUAAAUGGCAGGUAAUCAUGAAUCAGUUCAGAUGGAAGAUCUAAUGAAAUAUAGUAUUGAAGACUCAAGAUUUAAUUCAUUAUCCUUAAGGGAUACUUAUCGUAUUAGUUCAACUGUAAUUAAAAUCGAGACAGUAGACUUUGAACAAUAAAGAAAAGAAGUAGUAAAAGAUUUACUGGUGUAUAGAGGACAUCAUUAUUGUGAUGACUAGAUUUUUAUAAGCAAGUUUGUUGAGCUGUUCAAAAUGGAUAAUAGAGACUUGAUAGAAAGCCAAGAAGUGUUGUCCUCAACAUUUAUAGAUACUAAGUAAAGUAAAUUUAUUAUGGAAAACUAUGUGAAUUUGAUAAACAAGGUUGAUUUUUAAAAGCCUCAUAGUACUUCUUAACUUAGAAAGAAAAGUAUUUACGAUAUAAUGCAAUAUGCAAAGAAAAAAAGCUCACCAUUAACAAUGUAGUAACUGAUUGAAGGAAAAGAUGACAGCUUUUAUGAGUAAAGUCCGCCUAGUUAAAACUCAUUUUUCAAUAAAAUGAAGUCAACAAGGGUAAUAUCUUCUUCCAGAUAUACAAGAGCUAGAAAGACCACAAAUCUUUUGAACAGCACGUAUCAAGCACAUACUUCAAUUUUAACUUCUGGGUCAAAUGAAAAAAAGAAAACUGAAAAGAACAGCUUGCAUAAUAAUGACAAGAAAAAACGGCCUAAAUCCUAAAAUUUAGUUACCUUAGACAAUAGAUAGAGUAAAUCAAGCAGUUAAUAGUAAAAGCUAAUGGCAGGCAUACAAUUCAUUGAGUAGAAAGAAGUUUAGCUCAGAAUGCUUCAAAACAACAUGCCUGGAAAUCAGUUUGAAAUUCUGAAACGAUAGACCAUUAGAGAGAUAAUGUAAAAAAUAGAUCCUUAGACUCUGUAAGAGAAUAUGUAAGUAUUCAAGAGAACUUCAAUGCUGUUAUCUUUGGACAAUGAAUGA